GUGUGUGGGGAAGACAGCAAGGUAUCAGCAGAAUGGCGGGCCCAGUGGUAGCACUGCUGCAGGAGCGCAGAGUAUAGGGAAGAGUUACAGUCACAACAGUAAUAUGACCACAGAGCUGUACUGUAUGAAGCUAUCAACCCGCCCCUACAGCUGCGGAUGACAAUGAGGAAGCGGAGGCUGCUCUGCUGGUGCUCACAGCUGACACCCACAGCUAGGAGGAGGAAGCAGCAGAGCCAGAGGGACCUGGGGAUCGUAUAGCACACACAGCCACUGGUACCAUCUGCCAUUCACCCCUGGCUGCGGCGCGGUAUACAGGAGGCUAUGGAUCUGAGGGGAGAUGUGCAUUUGCUGGUCUGGGUUACUGCAGCCGUCGUCCUGCUGAGUAUGCUGCUAUUCUCCACACUCCCGUUCCUGACUGACUACUUUCGGAAAUGGAAAAUAAUGAGACCAAUUCCAGGAGUGGGGCCCAAUUACCCUCUGGUUGGGGACGCUCUGCACCUGAAACCUAACGGGGGAGAUUUCUUUGUACAAAUUAUUGAAUACACGGAGUUACUGAGAAACCUUCCGCUGAUUAAACUUUGGCUUGGCCCUAUGCCCUUCUUAAUAGUGUAUCAUGCAGAAACUGUGGAGCCUAUACUGAGCACUUCAAAGCACAUGGACAAAUCAUUUGCCUAUAAAUUCCUUCAUCCUUGGCUUGGUUUGGGACUUUUAACAAGCACUGGAGAGAAAUGGCGUUCUAGGAGGAAGAUGAUAACACCAACAUUCCAUUUUGCUAUUCUUUCUGAAUUCCUGGAAGUCAUGAAUGAGCAGUCGUAUGUGUUGGUGGAGAAGCUCAAGGAUCAGGCUGGCAAAGGAUCUUUUAACUGCUUUAUGGAUGUAACACUUUGUGCUUUGGAUAUAAUAUGCGAGACGGCCAUGGGGAGGAAAAUUCAAGCACAGAGCAACAGUGAUUCUGAAUAUGUCAAAACUAUUUAUGAAAUGAGUGAUAUGAUACAUCGUCGUCAGAAGAUGCCCUGGUUGUGGCCGGACUUUGUGUAUUCUCGGCUGAGAGCUGGAAAGAGGCAUGCUAAAAACCUCAAAAUCCUCCAUUCAUUUACUGACCAGACUAUUUUAGAAAGAGCGGAAGAACUGAAGAGAAACAAAGCCAAAGCCAAACAUGAUGACAGUGAUACAGAGUCCAAGAAGCCUAAAAAAAGAAGUGCCUUCUUAGAUAUGCUCCUAAACGCAACGGACGACGCCGGCAAUACAAUGAGCCACAUGGAUAUCCGUGAAGAAGUGGAUACAUUCAUGUUUGAGGGCCAUGAUACGACGGCAGCUGCUCUAAAUUGGUCCUUGUUUUUAUUGGGUUCCCACCCAGAGGUCCAGGAGAAGGUUCACAAAGAGCUGGAUGACAAUUUUGGUAAGUCCGACCGGCCACUGACAAUGGAUGAUUUGAAGAAGCUGCGGUAUCUUGAAGCAGUUAUUAAAGAAGCACUUCGAAUCUUCCCUUCAGUCCCAUUCUUUGGAAGAACCACUACUGAAGAGUGCACCAUUAGAGGUUUUAAGAUACCGAAAGAUGUGAAUGUGGUGAUUGUGCCUUAUGCCCUGCACCGUGAUCCAGAAUAUUUUCCCGAACCCGAGGAAUUCAGGCCGGAACGGUUUCUUCCUGAGAACGCAAGUGGGCGUAACCCCUACGCAUAUAUACCUUUCUCUGCUGGACUCAGGAACUGCAUUGGCCAGCGCUUUGCUCUGAUGGAAGAAAAGGUGGUUUUAGCUGCCAUCCUGAGGAAUUUUACAGUAAAAGCAUGUCAGAAGCGUGAAGAUCUCUGCUUGCUGGGAGAACUGAUUCUUCGCCCACAAGAUGGCAUGUGGAUUGAGCUGCAGAACAGAUAACCUGACUUUGUUUCCCAAACCUUUUGACCUUACAAUCUAAUUGUAUGAACUAUAAAUAUGUCUGUAAUUGUUAUUAAUUGUAAAUAGCUUAUUAUGUAUGAAUACUGAUAGAGAGGAAUUGCAGUAUAAUAUUUUUCUGGAUGGCCUUACAAUUUCCCAUGCUACCCAAGCCUGGUAUUUUUAUUACUUCAGGAAAUAGCUGGGUUUUUCUUUUAAAGAUGCAGGACUAUUAAAAUGAAUAUGUUUUGGCUAGAAAGAAUCACACACACAUGUAGAUUAUGGGGGGUAUCCAAUAAGCCGAGGUAAAUUACCGCACUAACGGAUCCCCGGGAGCUAAUCAAUUAGCCCUGACAAAUCGGCACUUGUCCGGAAUUAUGAUUUGCAUGCCUCAGUUGCGUGAAGCAAGAUCCCCAAAAAACAGCCCUUGGAGAUCUGUUUUUUUGCAAAAACACAUGGGUCUGGGAACUUAUCCCAGAUCCCACGCGUUUUCACUGGAAAACAGGAAAUUUUUGUGCAGAAGAAAACAGGCUUUAAUUGGAUAAUCCAAUAAUGACCAUCGGGCUAAAAUCACAAUAAUAGCCUGUUUCUGUUUGCCCGAAAAAUUUGCACUGCUAAUAGGAUACCUCCUAUGAGUAUUAAGUAAAUUGGGUUUUCCCAGCCCAAAUAUUAUUUAGUGACACAUACUAGAAGUAAAUAGGAACCAUGGUUUUCCUGUCACCCAUGAGCACUCCAGUUCUCAAAACUACAGGCUAAGGCAGUGGUUCCCAGUUCUCAAAACAUCAGGCUAAGGCAGUGGUUCCCAAACUUUCUUGAAUCAUGGCACCCUAGAGUAUUAGCAUUUUGUUAUGGGACUCCCUAGGCCAAAAGUUUAUUUUUGAGAAAUUCAGCAAAGAUUAUUAAGUUAAGUCAAUUGUUCUCACCUGUCAUCCUUAGGGGCAGCUAUGUGGUGGUAGACAGGGUUGUGCUUCUGUUUGGCCACAUACAGUAGUUUAUGAUUGGCAGCCACCAGCUCUGGUUUUACAUAGACUAUAAAUAAUUUGAUUUGGUCCUGGAUCCAUCAGCUAGUGGCAACCUUGCAAGCGCCCAGCGGCACCCAGCUUGGGAACCAUUGGGCUAAGGGUAUGCUUUUGUACUGUAUAUUUACUUCCAUAACUUUCUAUGCAAUAUUUUGACUGGCGAAUAUAAAUAAAAUGCAGGUUCUCAGAAA